AUGGAACCAGUUGCCGAGUGCUGCGUCGCGCUGAUCGGUGGCGUGAGCGGGUACUGCAUGUACGCGGCGUCGCGCGAGCAGGAGGAGGAGAAUGAGCGGAUUGACGAGGAGAACAAGCGGCUCGAGCAGCUGCAGUCGGACUUCCGCGUCGACAACUCCGUCUUCAAGGAUGACGACCUGAUGGCGUCGCUCAAGAAGCGGAUGGGGGACGGGGGUGGGCCGGACGGAAGCGACGGCGGCGGCGGCGGCGAGGGCGGCGGCGGGCCGCCGCCUCCAGAGCCACCAUCAUCGCCACCGCCGCCGACCGUGGGCGGGGGCGGCGGCGCGGCGGUGCUCGAGCCUCCGGCGCCAUCGCCGGCGGAGGAGGAGCCGCCGACCAUGGGGAGCGACGAGGAGGUGGAGAGGCUCAAGCGCAUGUUCAACCUCGGUGACGGCGAGUGAGGAGCGCUCAGCCGGAGGCGCGGCGGGCGAGGCCACCGCCGGCGGGGCAGCGGGGCGGGCGCGCCGCUUUCACCAGCGCGGCGCCGCUGCGCCGGCUUCCGGUGCUCUGUGCGGAGAGAAGGUUGAAGGGGGGGUAAGGGGGGGGGAGGGGGCCACGGGACGGCUCCCUCGCCCCCCGCUGCGGCACGGGCCGUGGCGCCUCGCAAGGUCUAGCGGCGGGCGGGCAGUGGUGUGGCAGUGUGGGAUGCACAGGCCUCCUGACCAGGCUCCGAGGCGUUGAGAUCCCUACCCGCUGUGUGCUGCGGCAUUCUGAGACCUCCUGUGACACAAGCAGGAUCCAUACGACCUCGAGGAACACUCGUACACACAAAUUUACCCCUCGAUCGCCCCGAUCGCCUCCGUCACCUCGGCAACUAGCCGCGACGCCUCCCCCUCGCUCCGCGGCCCGUCCGUCCGCCACCUCGUCGCGUCGUGGUGCCUCGCCGCGUUCGCCCAGAUGCGCAGCGAGUGCAGCUGGCUCCGUAGCUCGGUCGGCAAGCCGCACUCGCGGUGCCAGUAGUUGAUGCGCUCCUCGAAGCCGUCGGGCGCCGCCGCAGAGCGCGAGGCGUAGACGGCGUCGAGGCGCGGCAUUAGCGUGUUGAAGGCGAGCAGCAUGUUGCCCUGGAUGCGCGCCUGCGCGUCGCCGCCCGUGCGCAUGCCGCGCACCUGCACCGAGAGCGGCGAAGGCUCGUACCCGGUGGUGCGGGCGGCUGCUGCAGCGGCCUCGUCUCCAAAGGCCGGCGCAGCUUCUUCCACCCCCGCCCCGCCCCGCGCGCCAGACAGCAGCGCCCGGAGCGUCAGCAGCGCCUCGGGCAGCGUGGGCCGCUUGCGCA